GACAUCAGACCAAGUAAAGAAGUUAAGAGAGCAGCCUUAGAAGCCUUUUCCUUUGUUUGUUGCAAGGCAAGGAAGGAAUAAAUUAUUUGUGGGUUAGUUCCUUGCAGCUUCUUCAAAUGUUCUUGCUAUAUAUUCACCUUUAAGCAUUUCCACAAACCAACCCGUGUUCUGCUGCAUGCCCUUUUCUCCUGUCAUCGACUCUUUUUUUACUUUACUAGUUUCUCUGUUUUUCAAGAACUCUCUGGAUUUGGUUCAUUUCUGUCAAGCUCAUAAAGAGAAGCUCUUGAUUUCAUCUUUCACAAGAGGGUUCUCUUCACAGGGAUACUAAGACAGAAAAAUGGGAGUUGGAGGUACUUUGGAGUAUUUAUCUGACUUGAUGAGCAGUAGUGGCCAUAAACACAAAAAGAAGAAGCAAUUACAGACUGUGGAGCUGAAGGUAAGGAUGGACUGUGAUGGCUGUGAGCUUAAGGUCAAGAAAUCCCUGUCUUCAUUAAGUGGAGUUAAAUCAGUGGACAUAAGCAGGAAACAGCAGAAGGUGACUGUAACCGGAAAUGUUGAAGCAAGCAAGGUGCUGAAGAAGGCUAAGUCAACAGGGAAAAGGGCAGAGUUUUGGCCAUAUGUUCCUUACAAUCUAGUGGCUCAGCCUUACACUGCUCAAGCUUAUGACAAGAAGGCACCUCCUGGUUAUGUCAGGAAUGUAGAGAACACUGCCACCACUGCCACUGUGAUAAGAUAUGAGGACCCAUACAUCACCAUGUUCAGUGAUGACAACCCCAACGCAUGUUCUAUUAUGUAGUUGAAGAAACAACAAAUAAACCACUGUAAAAUUCUAAUGUAGGGGUUUUAACAAUUAAAUUUUUGUUUGGGGUUUCUGUUUUUGUAAGAAGUAUGAGAAAAUUUGUCAGCUAAUCUAUGUUUUUCCUUACUUUUCUUCUCUGAAGGGUCCUGACUCCUGAUGAACAUGGAUCAGCAAUAACCUGUAGUUUUGCAAUGACAAUGAGUGGUUUUUCUGGGCCUUGCAA